AUGGCGGCCAGCAUUUCUCGACCGUCGACAAUGCGCGCUUGGACGUUCAACAGCGGCGGUGCGCCAGAGCAAGUCUUGUCAUUCAACCCGUCCUUGUCUGCUCCCACAGACCCAAAGGGCUCGGACGUCUUGAUCAAAAUAUCCCACGCGUCACUCUCUUCUCCUGGCUGGAAUCUGAUGAGGGACAUUCCGUCUCUCCUGAGGAAAAACGCAAUACCGGAGCUCGACUUUUCUGGCCGCGUCGUCUCGGCAGGUCCUGCUGUUCCAGCUGAAUUCGCUCCAGGAGCGGCUGUGUUUGGUACCGUUUCCAAGUUGGGCAGUAUCAUUCAUAAUCAGGGAACACUGGCGGAGUAUAUUGUGUUGAACGUCGAUUGUAUCGCCGUCAUGCCGACCAAUGUAACAUUUGCAGAGGCCGCUUGUCUAAGCUGCCUCGGACAAGACGAUCGAGUUCUUGUCAAUGGAGGUAGUGGCGCUGUGGGAGCAGCCGCUGUCCAGCUCUGUAAGGACUUGGGCGGUUUCGUCGUGACAACGUGCUCUACCAAACACGCCGAUAGGAUGAAACAGUCUUUAGGAGCAGAUGAGAUUAUUGACUACUCUCAAGUCAACUCCGUGCCCACCGCUCUUGAGAAAUCCUACGGCGCGAGCCAAUUUGAUGCCAUCUUAGAUGCGGUAGGCUCUCAAGAAUUGUUUCGACAAUGUCCAAAGUACCUUAAGCCUGAAGGCGUGUUCAUCAACGUCGGCGACGGCGACGCCCAUACAGGUCGGCUUGGUUUACUUCUGCGUACACUUCAAAAUUUGUUUCAACCGGCUUUCUUGGGUGGCGUGCCGAGGCGAUAUAUCACGUUCAGCGCGCCGCUGAAUGGGCAAAAUGCGGCACAUCUUGGAAACUUGGCUUCGAAGGGCAAGAUGCAAGUGUUGAUUGACUCAACGUUCUCGUUAGAAGACGCCAUUAGCGGAUACAAACGCUACAAAAGCGGCCAAUCCCAAGGCAGAGUUGUCAUUAACAUCACGAAUAUGGAUGAACAAGAUCAAUAA